AUGAGAUCAUUUCGUUUAUUGUCAUUUACAAUAUUUAUAUUUCAAUUUAAUUUCAUAAAUUCAUUAUUUAUCCCAUUUCAAUACCCCCCACAAUCUUUAUUUUCUUAUGGUAGUAGUAGUAAUACCGCUUCAAUUCCUAAUUCAUUUGAGGAUUGGUUAAUUUAUCAAGAGGACGUGUGUUUGAGGUCAAUUUUAAACAAUAUAGGAGGUGAUUUCACAACUGAUAAGGAUUUAUUACCAGGGGUUAUAAUUGCUUCACCAUCUAAAGAAAAUCCCAAUUAUUAUUAUCAAUGGACUAGAGAUGCAGCAAUUACUUUAAAUUUAAUAACUGAACAAGUUUAUUUAAAUCCUAAAAAUCAUUCAUUAAUUAAUAUAAUUGAAUCUUAUAUUGAAAAUACUUUAAUUUUACAAAAAAUUCCAAAUAGAUCUGGCUCUGUUGAAGAUUAUGGAAAUUUAGGUGAACCUAAAUUUGAAACCAAUUUAACUAAUUAUAAUGGGAAUUGGGGUAGACCACAACGUGAUGGACCAGCAUUAAGAGCUAUUUCAAUAAUGAAUUAUUUAAAUGUAUUGUAUGAAUAUUCAUUACCAGUUGAAAAACAAUCUACUUUAUAUAAUUCAAGUUUUAUUUAUUAUGAAGCCAUAAAACCUGAUUUAAUUUAUACAAUUAAAUAUUGGCAUGAAAAAGGAUUUGAUUUAUGGGAAGAAAUUUAUGAUUAUCAUUUUUUCACAUCUUUAGUACAACUUAAAAGUUUAUCAUUAGGUUUAAAAUAUGCUAAACUUUUCAAUGAUUCAAUUGAAUUUCAAAAUGAAUUGAGUGAAACUAUUAAUAAUUUAUUAAAUUUUAUAAAUCAUGAUUCUGGUUUUAUAAAUCCAUUUAAACCUUAUAUUGUUUCCGGUCCUUCACUUUAUCAUAUUGGUAAAAGAAAUGGAUUAGAUAUUGCUACGAUUUUAGCAAGUUUAUAUACUCAUGAAGAUAAUGAAACUUCAAUUCCUUUUAAUAUUGAUAAUGGUUAUAUCUUAACUACUUUAAGUUCUUUAAUAUCAGAUAUGAAAUUUAGAUAUCCUAUAAAUUUUCAAGAUAAUUUUUUGGGGGUUGCAUUAGGAAGAUAUCCUGAAGAUAUUUAUGAUGGUUAUCAUCAAACUGAAGGAAAUCCUUGGUUUAUAAGUACUUCAACUGCAAGUGAAUUAAUUUAUAAAUUAAUUAAAGAUUUGAAAACAAAUAAAAAAGAUAUAAUUAUAAAUAAUUCAAAUAUUGAUUUUUUCAAAAUUUUUCUUCCAUUAGAUAAUUCCAAUAAUUCAAAUGAUGAGAAUGAUAAUGAUGAUAAUGAUGAUAAUGAUGAUAAUGAUCAAUUUGAAGAAUUGAUAAUUAAAUAUAAUUCAAAAAGUUAUUUACUUAUGAUUGAUAAAAUGUUUAAUUAUGCUGAUGGUUUUUUGAAAGUUGUUCAUAAACAUAUUGGUUCAAAUGGUGAAUUAAGUGAACAAUUUAAUAAAAUUAAUGGAUAUAUGCAAGGUGCUUCAGAAUUAACUUGGAGUUAUGGUGCUGUUCAUCAAGCAAUUAUAGCAAGAAAAAGAUUACUAUAA